CGCGGGCUUCCUCCGUCACCUUCUAUGUCAAUUUCUUGCCAGCUUCAUCAUCGUUAAUUUUCCUUCUCCUUCUUGAUGUUUACCUCCUCCAGCCUCUGUUUGGUGUCCGAGAAUAAUGGCAUUGGCGUUUUGAUCGACAAAGCGGAUGGGUUUCCUGACCAGUUUAUUGGGAAUAAUCGGAUUUGGAUUUGGAUUUCCCUUGGGGCUUCUUCUGGGUUUUCUCUUUUUCAUACGCUCCGAACCCAAAGACGUAGAGGAGCCAGUUACCAGGCCAACCAAAGAAUUUGAUUCAAGCUCCUGGUUUGACCUUCUGUCUGAGAUUCCGUUUUGGGUGAAGAGUCCAGAGUAUGAGCGAGUUGAUUGGUUGACUAAGUUUAUUCAUGAUAUGUGGCCUUUCCUUGAUAAGGCAAUAUGCACCCAAAUCCGAUGUAUGUCAAAGGCUAUAUUUGCAGAGUAUGUUGGCAAGUAUCAGGUGAACUCAAUAGAAUUGGAAACCAUUAGUCUUGGAAGUAUCCCUCCCGUAAUCCAUGGUAUGAAAGUGCAUGAAUCUAAUGCAAAGGAGCUAGUUUUUGAUCCUGCUAUUAGAUGGGCCGGAAAUCCCAACAUUACAUUGGUGCUGAGAUUGUGGUUCCUGCGAAUCACAAUACAGUUGAUAGAUUUACAAAUAUUUGCGGAACCAAGGAUAAUACUGAAACCUUUUGUACCAACCUUUCCAUGUUUUCAGAGCAUUAAGGUGUCUUUGAUGGAUAGGCCAUAUGUAGAUUUUGGGCUGAAAGUGCUUGGAGCGGAUGUUAUGGCAAUCCCAGGUUUAUAUCAGCUUGUUCAGGAAAUCAUAAGGAAACAGCUUGCUAGGCCUUAUAUCUGGCCCCAGACUCUUGAAAUUCCUGUCCUUGACAGUUCAGUAGGAGCUGCAAAUAAGCCAGUGGGCAUACUGCAUGUGAAGGUUUUGUGUGCCCGCAAACUCUUGAAGAAGGACCUGAUAGGAACUUCUGACCCUUAUGUUAAACUCAGCCUAAGUGGGGAAAGGCUUCCAGCAAAAAAGACUUCUAUCAAGAUGAAUAAUCUUAACCCUGAAUGGAAUGAAAACUUCAAACUUAUUGUGAAGGACACUCAGUCUCAAGUCCUUCAGUUGCGCCUCUAUGACUGGGAAAAGUUUGGAGCACAUGAUAAAUUAGGAAUGCGAGAAAUCCCACUGAAAUUACUCACACCAAAUGAGGCAAAGGAAUUUACCCUUGAUUUGCUUCACAGCACAAAGCCUAAUGAUCCCCAUAACAAGAAGCCGAGAGGACAAAUUAUGGUAGAGUUGACACUUGUCCUUUUUAAAGAAGACAGUGUGACAUUUCGUAGACCUCUUGAUGGACAUGACAGGAAUGGAAGCGUAAGCAGAACAUCUGAAGGCAGGUCCUUGUCAGGGGCAGGUUUACUUUUAGUGACAGUUAUCAGUGCCAAGGAUGUGGAGGGAAAACAUCACAACAAUCCCUAUGCUUUUGUCAUCUUUGGAGGAGAACAGAAGAAAACCAAGGUGAUAAAAAAGACUAGAGAUCCAGUUUGGAAUGAAGAAUUCCAAUUUAUGUUAGAGGAACCUCCUUUGAAGGAGAAAAUCCGUAUUGAAGUCAUGAGCAAGCGGAAGGGCUUUGGAUUUCGACCAAAGGAAUCACUAGGGCAUGUUGACAUCAGCCUUAUUGAUGUCGUUAACAAUGGCCAGAUUAACGAGAAAUAUCAUCUUAUCAAUUCAAGGCAUGGACUAAUACACCUUGACAUACGGUGGAGUGUGAUCUGAAACUUCCACCAGCUUGAAUGUAAAUUAUAGAAUUCCUCCUUUUAUCAUUCACAUUAUUUCACGUCUUUUUAGUUCUUCAGAUUUGUUUUGGUAAAAAAAAAAUUCAUAGAGAUAAAUAAUAAGACAACAUUUUCAACCAUAGCGCAGAGAGAUACCUCCCAGUUGUAUUAUUGUAGAUAUCAUUUUUCAUGUAAAAUGCUCACAGAGAAUGAUGCACAUAAAUGAUUACUUUCCUAUUUUGCCCAUCCAUUUGGAAUGGGGCAGUUAGAUCUUGUUACUGAACUCA